AUGGUGACCGUGCCUUCCGGGUUUUCUGCGCAGCAGCGUAGCAACCCUUUUGCCCGCACCCCGUCAGCCUCGCCGGCGCCUGGUAACAGCAGCGCCGCCGGCCGGCCCAAAUCAGUUCUCUUCUCAACGCCUGCACCAACAUCCCCCGCACGGCCAUCACACAGUCGCUCUCAGUCACAAGCAACACCGUCUAGCAUGAACGGCCUUGUUAGGUCGGGGAGUGUCUCGCGGAAUGGCUACGACCGUUCCCGGGAGGGCACCCCUGCCUCAGGCACCUUUGCCCCUUCAUUCAUCAAGACCGAGGAGAUGAAGCAGCGCAGCAUUGACGUCGUCCGCGGUAUCGAGGGCGAGAACGACUUCUCAGGCAAGCGAUAUGUCUGGCUGAAAGACCCGCAAACUGCCUUUGUCAAGGGCUGGAUCGUUGAAGAGCUGGGACCUAAUCGUAUUCUCGUGCAGUGCGAGGAUGGCAGCCAGCGCGAGAUCGAUGCGGAGAGCGUCGACAAAGUGAACCCCGCCAAAUUCGAUAAGGCGAACGACAUGGCCGAGCUGACGCACCUCAACGAGGCCUCUGUCGUGCACAACUUGCACAUGCGGUACCAAGCCGACCUCAUCUACACAUACUCGGGCCUCUUCUUGGUCACUGUCAACCCCUACUGCCCGCUCCCGAUCUACUCGAAUGAGUACAUCAACAUGUACAAAGGCCGCAAUCGGGAAGACACAAAGCCGCAUAUCUACGCCAUGGCUGAUGAGGCAUUUCGGAACCUGGUCGACGACGGUGAGAACCAGAGCAUCCUCGUCACGGGCGAGUCUGGCGCUGGUAAGACGGAAAACACCAAAAAGGUCAUUCAAUACUUGGCUGCCGUGGCCCACAGCGACACGCCGACUGGCAAGAGUCGGGGCUCACAGCAUUCCAACCUCUCUGCUCAGAUCCUACGCGCGAACCCGAUCCUUGAAGCGUUUGGUAACGCGCAGACCGUCCGCAACAACAACUCUUCCCGCUUCGGAAAAUUUAUCCGUAUCGAGUUCCACAACAAUGGCUCCAUAGCUGGCGCCUUCAUUGAGUGGUACUUGCUCGAAAAGUCGCGCGUCGUCCGCAUCAACAGCCAGGAGCGGAACUACCACAUUUUCUACCAGCUGCUCAAGGGUGCUGAUCGCCGCCUGCGGCAAGAGUUGUUGCUGGACAGCAUGGGUGUCGAGGACUUUGCCUAUACUCGCGAAGGCAAUGAUGUCAUUAGCGGUGUCUCGGACCAGGACGAGUGGGAGUCUCUGAUGGAGGCUUUCUCGAUCAUGGGCUUCUCAGAGCAGGACCAGACAUCCGUUCUUCGGACAAUAGCGGCUGUGCUGCAUCUCGGCAACAUCACUGUCAUGAACGAAAGCCGCGGUGCCGAUCAGGCACGCUUGGCGCCGGACGCCAAGGUCCACGCCGAGCGUCUCUGCAGACUUCUCGGUGUCCCUGUUGAGCCUUUCCUCAAGGGCUUGCUACACCCCCGCGUGAAGGCAGGCCGUGAGUGGGUUGAAAAGGUGCAGACGCCUGAUCAAGUGCGCCUCAGCAUCGACGCCUUGGCAAAGGGUAUCUAUGAACGCGGAUUCGGUGAUCUUGUGACACGCAUCAACCGUCAGCUCGACCGCGCUGGCAUGAUGGGCAUGGAUGACUCUCGUUUCAUCGGCGUACUCGAUAUUGCUGGUUUCGAGAUUUUUGAGGAGAACAGCUUCGAACAGCUUUGCAUCAACUACACCAACGAGAAGCUGCAGCAGUUCUUUAAUCACCACAUGUUUGUUCUCGAGCAGGAGGAGUACGCUCGGGAGCAGAUUGAGUGGCAAUUCAUUGACUUUGGCCGCGACCUGCAACCGACCAUUGAUCUCAUUGAGUUGUCUAAUCCGAUUGGUAUUUUCUCGUGCCUCGACGAAGACUGUGUCAUGCCCAAGGCCACAGACAAGUCCUUUACCGAAAAGCUCAACUCUCUCUGGGAGAAGAAGUCGACCAAGUACCGACCAUCACGACUGCGGAAUGGCUUUAUCCUGACGCAUUACGCCGCUGAGGUCGAAUACUCAACCAACAACUGGCUGGAAAAGAACAAGGACCCGCUGAAUGACAACAUUACCCGACUUCUCGCCGCUUCCACGGACAAGCAUGUCGCCAGCCUGUUUGCAGAUUGCGCUGACCAAGACGAUGAACAUAGUGCUGCCGCCGUCGGUCGGAGCAGCCGAGUCAAGAAGGGCCUUUUCCGCACUGUAGCCCAGAGACACAAGGAGCAGCUUGCGCAGCUCAUGGCGCAGCUGCAUUCAACACACCCGCACUUUGUCCGCUGUAUUCUGCCGAACCACAAGAAGCGUCCCAAGCAAUUCAACAACCUCUUGGUCCUGGACCAGCUUCGUUGCAAUGGUGUUUUGGAGGGUAUUCGUAUUGCCCGAACUGGUUUCCCGAAUCGUCUUCCAUUUGCCGAGUUCCGCCAGCGGUAUGAAGUUCUCUGCCGUGACAUGCCAAAGGGCACCUACUUAGAGGGCCAGGCGGCGGCUGCCAUGAUCCUUGACAAACUUGGUAUGGAUAAGGCUCUCUUCCGCAUUGGUCUCACCAAAGUCUUCUUCCGCUCUGGCGUUUUGGCCGAGCUUGAAGAGCAGCGUGACGCUCUGAUCAACGAGAUAAUGUCUCGCUUCCAGGCUGUGGCACGCGGCUUCAGCCAGCGCCGGAUUGCCUACAAGCGUCUUUAUCGUGCCGAGGCGACACGCGUUAUCCAGCGCAACUUCCAUGCUUACCUCGACCUUUGCGAUAACCCCUGGUGGCAACUGCUGGUCAAGAUGCGGCCCCUGUUGGGUGCAACCCGCACGGCCACCGAGAUCAAGCGUCGCGAUGAGACCAUUCGCCAACUCCAAGACGAGAUGCAACAGCAUGCGGCAGGUCGCAUGAAGCUGGAAGACGACCGCCGUGCUACUCUGGCGGAAAUGGCCCGCAUCCAGCAAACGCUGGAAAGCGAGCGCGCCCUAGCUCUAGACAAAGAGGAGAUCUUUAAGCGCCUGCAACAGCGCGAAUCCGAGCUUGAGGAUAAGCUUGCUGGCGCCCUCGAUGACCAGGAACGCCUCGAGGACCAGCUUGACGAUCUCCUGGAUGCUAAGAAACGUGCUGGAGACGAAGUCGAGAAGUACCGCAUGCAGCUCGAACAGGCCGCUGGCAUCAUCGCGCGCCUUGAAGAAGAGAAGAAAGAGCUUGCACAGCAAAUCACCGACCUCGAGCAGACCAUGGAAGAUGCGGCGCAAAAGCAGUCUGAGCGCAGUGAGCAGGAAAUGGCUCUCGCUGACGAAGUCAAGAUGCUCCAGAGCCAGCUUUCCAUCAAGGAUCGCAAAGUGCAUGAUCUUGAGGGCCGCCUGCUUGCGGUCGACCAGGAUGCCGUUGUGAAGCUCGCCGCGGCGCAGAAAGAACUCCAGGCGUCGCGGUCCAAGGAACAACGACUUGCCAUGGAGAACCAGGACGCCCAGCAGCGGUUAGCACAGCUGUCUCAGACAUCGACAGACUACGAAGAUCUCGUGCGGCAAAAAGAAAGCGAGCUUGCCCUCCUGCGCAGCGACAACAAGAAGUACGAGGCGGAGCGCCGGUCGUUCGAAGACCACCGCCGUUUGCUCGCUGCCGAAAAGGAGAAGGCCGCAUCCCGCCUCCGUGAAGUACAGGCUGAGAUCGUUGCAAUGCGCUCCCAAGAGUCGCAGUUCCGUCGCGAGGCUGAGGAUGCCAAGAAGCUUCUUGAGGCACGCCUCUCUGAGGAUGCGCAGGCAGACCAGAACCGCCGUGUUCUGGAAUCUCAGAUCAAGGAUCUCAAGGAGGAGCUUUAUAAGAUCCAGAUGGAUCUUAGCCGUGAACGCCAAUCUCGCGACGACGUUCUCCUCCUCAGCGAGCACAAAUACCAGAAGCUGCAAGAAGAAUUUGACCACCUUAACGAGUCCAAGAUCAUCAUCGAGAAGGAGCUGUAUGCCCAACAGGACACUCUGCGGCGGACAAUGGAAGCCCGCAAAGCCAUUGAGAAGGAGCGCGACGACGCCCGCCAAGAAGUCCGCCGUCUUCGUGUCGCCAAGGCUGAGGCGGAGGAGGCUCGGAUGGAGGCUGAAACAUCCGGCGAGCGCCAAGCCCUGCGUAUGGCCAGAGAGCGUGAGGAGAGCCUCCUGCGUGAUCUGGAUGCUGCCCAAGAGCGUCUGCGUUGGUUCGAGGGCGAGCGCGCUCGCCUGAGCUCCGAAGUGGAGAGACUGAACAAGCUCAUUGUAUCGUCAGGCGAGUUCGGCCUGAAGAACGACCAGGCCAAGGAGCGGAUGGAGCGAGAGCUUCAGACUGUCAAGAGCCGCUUGACGGCAUCCGAAAAUGACAACCGGGCCCUGCUUAACAAGCUUCAGCAGAAGGGUCUGGAGAUAGCCCGAUCUACGUCCCGCGCAGGUGAGGCCUCGCGUGGCCAGAUUCAGAUUCUGCAGCGUGAAAAGGCGCGCCUUGAGGAGCUUAAUAAUAAGCUGAACAAGCAGCUCAGCGAGUCGCAGAUGACGUCCGCGUCUCUCGAGAAGAAGGUGGAGAAGCUGAACUUGGACCUGGAGGACAUGAACCAUGAAGUUGCUCGCGAGGUCAAAAGCAGCCGCAAUGCGGAGAAGGUGUCCUCCAACGCAACGUCGCAGCUCGCUGAGGUCAACCGGGCCAUGGAGGCAGAGCGCCAGUUGCGCGGCCAAGCCCAGGGCACUCUUCGGACGGUUCAAGCAACCCUUGAAGCGCGCGACCGGGAGCUCGCAGAUCUACGUGGUCAGAUGUUGUGCAUCCUCAAAACGGUGGAUCCUGCGUCGCCCGUUGUGAAUGUGCCCCCCGAAGGUGGGAAGGAGCGUUUCCCUACCAGCAAAGACUUCUUCGACUUGGCGCGCAAGAUCGAGGAGCUGCAGCAGGACCUUCGUGUGCAGCAAGCGGGCCGCAGUAAUGCCGAGGCUCAACUGGCAGACCUUCGCGCGCAGCAGCAGUCGUCUCCCGUGCAUCAGCGCGGCCUUCUCGAGGAGAUCAGCCCCAACGAGGCCCCGUACUUCAAUAACGGUUCACCGACACACACCAAGAAGACCAAGGCGGGCGGUACUCGUCGCAUCUCCAAUAGCCAGAUGAACAACACAGCGUCGACGCCACCACGACAACUGUCCUCUGCCAUGCCCGACUCUGCACGCUCGGACCGUACUGCAGAGAUUAUUAGCUUCAACAAUCGCAUGGAUCUCAAGGCUGAAAUGGAAGAGCUCCAGAACCAGCUGCAGCUUGCCCAAAUGCAGAAUCGGCACCUCCAGAGCCAGCUAGAGCGGGCUGAGUCGGCCGGCGCCAAAAACACCAACGAUGGCUCGAAGAACAACAACAGCCGUGUUGAGAAGCUUGAAAAAGCUAACAGCCGGCUGCACGACCUGCUCGACGACUCUGCGAAGAAGGUGUCGGCACUGGAGAAGGCUUUGCGUACCGGCGAGCUUUCACUUCACGACAUCCAGGCACGGUCGUACGAGGAGAUCCUUGACUUGCUUAACAGCCAAGAAGAGUCGCGCCGAUCUCUACUUCAUAGCCACAAGGACGCCGUUGCCGAGCUGACUGACAUCAAGGAGCACUUUGACAAGCUGCGCCAUGACCGUGCGCAGAUGGAAGUCGACCUCCGCGAUGCGAAGUCGGAGUUGCAGGAGAUGGGCCAGGCCCGCGAGCAGGAGGCUGCGAGCCGCAACCAGUUGCUGCAGGAGUUUGCGGAUCUGCAGAUCCGCCUCGACGCCGAAUCAUCCAAACUCGUCGAUGUGACGGCGAGUCUCAACCUGUACAAGGGCCGUGCCGACGAGUACUUUGGCAAGCUGGAGCAAGCUGAGAUGGCCGUUCUUAAGGCAACACGAGCCGAGCAGUUCGCCAAGACGCAGGCCCGCGAGGCCGAAGAGACCUACGCCGAGGUUAUGGCACAGCGCAAGAAGAUGGACACAAUGGUGGAGGACCUGCAGCGGCAAAACCAGCGCCUGGAGGAGCGUCUCGAGGAUCUGUCGACUGAUCUCGAGUCGGUGACGCAGGCGAAGAAGCGGCAGCAGCACGAGCUCGAGGACUACCGCAGCCAGCGUGCGAUGGACAUUGAGGACACGGAGACGAGCAUGGAGCAGACGCGCAAGAAGUACCAGGCCGAGUUUGCGACACUCACCAAGGAGCUCGAUCUGGCGCGUGAGGAGAAACUGUUCAAGCAGGCCGAGAUCAGCCGCCUGCGUGACGAGCUGGAGGAGCUUCGGUCCAAGUGGGACGACGAAGUGCUCAACAGCUCGACGUGGGCCAAGGAGAAGACGCGCCUGGAGACGACGCUGUCGGACGUCGUGUCGUCGCGUGAUGAGGCCGUGCAGGCUCACAACGAAGCACAAGGCCGCAUUGUCAACCUGCUCUCCCAGGUGCGCACGCUGCGGUCAGCCGUCGACGAGGUCACCUCGGAACGCGACUCGCUCGUACGUGAGAAGCGUAGCGUCGAGGCGCGUCUCGAGGAGGCCAAGACCGGCCUGGAGGAGCUCGCCGCCCGCGGCGCCAGCCCGUCUCUCCGUGAUGCGGCCAACACCGACAAGGUCCUGUUGGAUCUCCGGUCCAGCCUUGCACAGCAAGAGGACAUUGCUGCGGCUGCUGUGGAGAAGAUGCGCCGUGCCGAAGCUCUUGUUGCCGAGGUGCAAAAGGACAUGACAGCGGAGCGGGAGGCGAGCGCCAAGCUGCAAGAACAGAAGACAUCGCUGGAGAAGACGCUCAGUGAGGUGCAAGUCAAGCUGGUGGACCUCGAGACGAAGGGCUACUCAAGCGCCAGCCAAGACAUUAAGUUCUUGAACAAGCGCGUUCAAGAGCUUGAAACGCAGCUGGAGGCGCAUGAGCACGAGCAGGCGCAGUCCAACCGGUCGGUCCGUAACGUGGACCGGAUUGUCAAGGAUCUGCAGGGCCAGCUAGAGCGCAAGGAGAAGCAGAAUGGGCAGCUGCAGGACGACGUGACGCGGAUGCGCGACAAGGCCGAUAAGUUGCUGAAGACGAUUGACGAGCUUCAGGCGUCGGAGUCGAGCAUCCAGCUCACGGCGCGGCGGGCCGAGCGCGAGCUACGGGAGGAGAAGGAGAAGGCUCUGCGUCUCGAGCGGGAGCUGGACAGCUGGAAGAACUUGGGUAGCGGCAGCAGUGUGAGCGGUGGCAGCAUUGCUGGUGGCAGCAUGCGGCGGACGGGCACACAGAACACGUUCCGGUCAUCGGUCUUGGGUCACACGGCGUCAACGGCGACUGCACGCACGGCACUGUCUGUGGUCUCGUCCGCGCCCUCUACGACAUCGUCGGCAACGGACCCGGAACUGUCGCCGGACAUUCCUAAGCGCAAGAGCAGUAUUGGCCGCGCACGGGCCCCGAGUAUGACCAAGGGUUUCUUGUAG